AUGGAGGUGACUUGCCUUCUAUUACUGACCCUGGUCCCUAUGUACUGCAAGGGACAAGGUGUCUACGCUCCAGCUCAGGCUCAGAUUGUCCAUGCAGGCCAGGCAUGUGUAGUGAAAGAGGACAACAUCAGUGAACGUGUCUACACUAUUCGUGAGGGGGAUACCCUUGUUUUGCAGUGCCUUGUCACUGGGCACCCACGACCCCAGGUUCGGUGGACAAAGACAGCUGGGAGUGCCUCGGAUAAGUUCCAGGAGACAUCAGUGUUUAACGAGACCCUUCGAAUUGAGCGCAUUGCUCGAACACAGGGUGGCCGCUACUACUGUAAAGCCGAGAAUGGGGUGGGGGUCCCUGCAAUCAAGUCCAUCCGAGUAGAUGUGCAGUACCUGGAUGAACCAGUUUUAACAGUGCACCAGACAGUGAGUGAUGUUCGGGGUAGCUUCUACCAGGAGAAGACAGUGUUUCUUCGAUGCACCGUCAACUCCAACCCACCAGCCCGAUUCAUCUGGAAGCGAGGCUCCAGCACCCUGUCCCACAGCCAGGAUGAUGGGGUUGACAUCUAUGAACCUCUCUACACUCAGGGGGAGACCAAGGUUCUAAAGCUGAAGAAUCUGCGGCCCCAGGACUAUGCCAGCUACACCUGCCAGGUGUCUGUUCGGAAUGUGUGUGGCAUUCCUGACAAGGCCAUUACCUUCCGUCUCACCAACACCACAGCACCUCCCACCCUGAAGCUGUCAGUGAAUGAGACAUUGGUGGUGAAUCCUGGAGAGAAUGUGACAGUGCACUGUUUCCUGACUGGGGGUGACCCUCAGCCCCAGGUGCUAUGGUCCCAUGGUCCAGGUCCCCUGCCUCUAGGCAGCAGGGCCCAAGGUGGCACCCUUACCAUCCCAUCUGUUCGAGCCCAGGACUCUGGCUACUACAAUUGCACGGCUAUUAAUAAUGUGGGCAACCCAGCCAAGAAGACAGUCAACCUGCUGGUUCGAUCAAUGAGGAAUGCUACCUUCCAAAUCACACCAGAUGUGAUCAAGGAGAGUGAGAGUAUUCAGCUGGGUCAGGACCUGAAACUCUCAUGCCACGUGGAUGCUGUGCCUCAGGAGAAGGUGUCGUAUCAGUGGUACAAGAAUGGCAAGCUUGCCCGGAUAUCUGACCGACUGCUGGUGACUCGCAAUGAUCCUGAGCUGCCUGCUGUCACUAGCAGCUUGGAGCUCAUUGACUUACGCUUCAGCGACUAUGGCACCUACCUCUGUGUCGCCUCCUUUCAGGGUGCACCUGUGCCAGACCUUAGUGUUGAGGUCAACAUCUCAUCUGAGACAGUGCCCCCCACGAUCAGCGUCCCCAAGGGCAGGUCAGUGGUGAUGGUUCGUGAGGGGUCUUCCGUGGAGCUGCAGUGUGAAGUUCGGGGGAAGCCCAGGCCUCCCGUAUUGUGGUCCCGAGUGGAUAAGGAGGCUGGCCUGCUGCCCUCUGGAGCUGCCAUGGAGGAGACGCCAGACGGGAAGCUACGGGUGGAACGAGUGAGCCGGGAGAUGAGUGGGACCUACCGCUGUCAGACUGCUCGGUACAAUGGCUUCAAUGUUAGGUCCAGGGAAGCGCAGGUGCAGCUCAAUGUGCAGUUUCCUCCAGUGGUGGAACCAACCAACCAGGACGUGCGCCAGGCCCUGGGCCGACCUGUACUGCUGCGUUGCACCUUGCUUCGAGGUAGCCCCCUGCGCAUCGCCUCCGCUGUGUGGCGCUUCAAUGGGCACCUCCUGCCAACGGCACCCGCUCCCCCUAACGAAGCCCCAGACCACGCAGAGCUGCGCCUUGACCCCCUCACCCGCGACAGCAGCGGCAGCUAUGAGUGCACUAUCUCCAACGAUGUGGGCGCCGCCUCCUGCCUCUUCCAGGUGUCCGCCAAAGCCUACAGCCCGGAGUUUUACUACGACACCCCCAACCCCACCCGCAGCCACAAGCUGUCCAAGAACUACUCCUACGUGCUUCAGUGGACGCAGAAGGAGCCGGACGCCGUGGAUCCUGUCCUCAGCUACCGGCUGGACAUCCGCCAGCUAAGCCUUCGGACGUCUGUAACGAAGCCAAUCCCAGUUCGCCGAGUGGAGAAGGGGCAGUUGCUUGAAUACAUACUGACUGACCUGAAGGUGCCCCAUAGCUAUGAGGUCCGCCUCACACCCAUCACCACCUUUGGGGCUGGAGACAUGGCUGCCCGCAUUAUCCGAUACAUGGAGCCAACCAACUCUCCGAACCUAUCUGAUAAUACCUGCCACUUUGAGGAUGAGAAGAUCUGUGGCUACACCCAGGAUCGGGCAGACAACUUUGACUGGACUCGACAGAAUGCCCUCACCCAGAACCCCAAACGCUCCCCCAACACUGGCCCCCCAACUGAUAUAAGUGGGACUCCAGAGGGUUAUUACAUGUUUAUUGAGACAUCCAGGCCCCGGGAGUUGGGGGACCGGGCAAGGCUUGUGAGCCCAUUGUAUAACAUCAGUGCUAAGCUCUACUGUGUCUCCUUCUUCUACCACAUGUACGGGAAGCACAUUGGUUCUCUCAAUCUUCUGGUGCGAUCCCGGAACAAGGGGGCCCUGGAGACCCACGCAUGGUCCCUGAGUGGUAAUAGGGGCAACUCCUGGCAACAGGCUCAUGUGCCCAUCAACCCCAGUGGGCCUUUCCAGAUUAUCUUUGAAGGGGUUCGAGGCUCAGGUUAUUUGGGAGACAUUGCCAUCGAUGACGUCAGUCUGAAGAAGGGAGAGUGUCCUAGGAAGCAAGUGGACCCCAACAAAGUGGUGGUGAUGCCUGGCAGUGGUGCCUCCUGCCCACCUGGCCCCUUGUCCUUUGGGCCCCUCGCUGUCUUCCUCUUGGCAAUGCUGAGAUGA